UUAUUCUAUAUAAACCCAUUUCAUUCGGCACAUUUGCAUCGGGAAAUAAUAAUCCAAGAAAAACCAAAAACAUGGAACACAACACAGUCCUCUACUUCUUCUCCUCCUUUCUUCUCCUCUUUCUUGUUAUAAAAUUUUACCAUUCAAAAGUACACCGUAAAAAUCUUCCUCCUAGUCCACCUUCCCUUCCGAUUAUCGGCCACCUCUAUUUUCUAAAGCCACCGAUCCACCGCAUUCUCUACUCUCUAGCUCAAAAGUAUGGCCCCAUCAUCUCCCUUAGAUUCGGUUCCCGACCUGUAAUCGUCGUCUCGUCAUCAUCCAUCGCCGAGGAAUGCUUCACCAAAAAUGACAUCGUUUUUGCUAACCGUCCAAGAUUUCUCUUGGGCAAACACAUAGCUUAUAACUACACCACCAUAUCUCAGGCACCGUAUGGCGACCACUGGCGUAACCUCCGCCGUGUCGGGGCUAUUGAAAUUUUCUCAAACCAUAGACUUAAUAUGUUUUUAAGCAUUAGAAGAGACGAGAUCAACAGACUGAUUAUGAAAUUAUCUCUUAAUUCUAUGCAGGAUUUUUGUAAAGUAGAAUUAAAAUCAAUGUUGCAAGAACUAACGUUCAAUAUUAUGAUGAGAAUGGUUGCAGGGAAGAGAUAUUAUGGUGAUGAUGUGAGUAAUGAAGAAGAGGGGAAGGAAUUCAGGAAGUUAAUGAAGGAGGUUCUUGCUUAUGCUGGAGCAUCAAAUCCAGCGGAUUUCUUGCCCAUCUUGCAUUGGAUUGACGGUGGUUAUCUCAAGAAAAGAAUUAUAGGAUUUGCUAACAGAUUUGACAAAUUUUUUCAAGGGUUGAUUGAUCAACAUAGAAGUAAGAAGGGCAAUUUAGAGAAUAAGAAUACUAUGAUUGAUCAUCUUCUUUCUUUGCAAGAGUCAGAGCCCGAGUAUUAUACAGAUGAGAUUAUCAAAGGGCUCAUACAGGUUAUGUUAUUUGCUGGAACAGACACAUCAGCAGUGACAUUAGAAUGGGCAAUGUCUAAUCUACUCAACCAUCCAAGCUCACUAAGAAAGGCUAGAGAAGAAAUAGACAUUCAAAUGGGGACAGAAAGCUUAAUAGAUGAACCUGAUCUUCCCACAUUACUUUAUCUUCAAAACAUUAUAUCCGAGACCCUUAGGCUAUAUCCAGCAGCUCCACUUUUACUUCCCCACGUGUCGUCUGAAGAUUGCAAAAUUGAAGGAUAUGACGUGCCGCGUGGCACCAUGCUAUUGGUGAAUGCAUGGGCUAUACAUAGAGAUCCUACAUUGUGGGAUGAUGCAAUGAGUUUCAAACCUGAAAGAUUUGAUAAAGGAGAAGAAGAGGCGAAGAAGCUAAUGCCGUUUGGAUUGGGAAGGAGAGCUUGUCCAGGAGCUGGUCUUGCUCAACGAGUGGUGGGAUUGGCUUUAGGGUCACUUAUCCAAUGCUUUGAAUGGGAAAGGGUUAGCGAUAAGGAAGUAGAUAUGAAAGAAGGUAGAGGGUCAACUAUGCCUAAGGCUGAACCACUAGAGGCCAUGUGUAAAGCACGCCCAAUCAUCCAUAAGUUGAUUUAAAUAACUUCAUUGAUGAAAUGAAGUUGUACGUAUAUUUUUAGUCUGUAGACAUAAGAAUUUUAUCAAUGAUAAAGAGUGAAUAGUAUUCUUCCCUUUUCA